UCCGGCUCGAUUAAAAUGUCUUCGCUUUGACAUGUUGGCUCGAUGAUGUCGCGAUAACUUCUCAGUCUGAAUGCAUGUAAAUAAUCAUUUUCACAGCAUCACAGUCGGACAAGAAUAAAACAGCCUCAUCGGAAUCAGUCAAACUCAGUGUCGCGCACUGUGCUGCGCAUGCGUCAGAGGGUGCCAUGAAGGUAAAGGUCAUCUCCAUCCUGGAGGACAACUACAUGUACCUGGUGAUUGAGGAGCAGAGUAAACAGGCCAUAGCUGUGGACCCUGCUGUACCACACCGGCUGCUAGAAAUAGUGAAGAGAGAGGGCUUGUCUCUGACAGCCAUCCUCACCACACACCAUCACUGGGACCACGCUCGGGGGAAUGAGGCUCUGCUAAAGGAUGUUCCUGGGCUGAGGGUGUACGGAGGAGACGAUCGUAUUGGGGGUCUGACGGAUAAAGUCACAGACGCCCAGGAACUCAAGUUUAACUCCAUCAAUGUGAGGUGCCUAUUUACUCCCUGCCAUACCUCUGGUCACAUGUGCUACUUUGUUUGGGAGGAUGAGUGCACUGACGCCCCUGCUGUGUUCACAGGAGACACGUUGUUUAUCGGUGGAUGCGGGCGGUUUCUUGAGGGUACGGCAGAACAGAUGCACCACAAUCUCACCCAGGUGCUCGGCUCCCUACCUCAAGACACGAAGGUGUUCUGUGGACACGAAUACACCAUUAAGAACCUGAAGUUUGCCCUGCUGGUGGAGCCAGAGAAUGAAAAGGUUAAAGAGAUGCUGAGCUGGGCCCGGGCCAGAGACGAUGAUGACAAACCCACAGUGCCAUCCACUUUAAUGGAGGAGUUUGAGUACAACCCUUUUCUUCGCCUCUCGGAGGAAGGAGUACAAAAGUUCACUGGGAAGACGGACCCCAUAGAGGUGCUGAGGGUCCUGCGGAAGGAGAAGGAUAAAUUUAAGAAGCCCAAGGAGAGACUUCCUCCUCACGCCAUGUUGGCUCUGGAGUGGGGGCUUCUCAGGCCGUGAGAUCUGAACAUGUGACAUACUCGGCUAUCAAGGACGAGUAGAUUGAACGCCUGAAUGCAGCAAGACACAACACUGUAGAGUGUGCUGUUUGUUGCGUUAGUUAACACUGAAUUUAUACUGCUGGGAGCCUGGUCGGCCCUGUGUGUUCUGUUUUAGUAAUUAAAAACAAUGUCUGCACAAAAAGGCCAGAGUAAAGCUGCUUUCGUUUAAUACUCCUACAAGCUAUAUUAAUGAAUUAAGGGGCUGGUCUCCCAGUCUGUUAUGCACACACAAACUGCAGCAGGUAAUGUCAGCUCAUAUCAAUUUCCAUUGAUUUUAAUGUGUUUUUUUUGUGUAUUUAUUGUUUUAAUUAAUGGUGUGGGGAUAAAAAUAACCUUUCUUUAUAACUUAUUUGUAUUGGAAUAUUUCCUUUAUCCGCUUUUGAUCUCUUUAUUGAUGUCUCUGGGUAGUUUUCUGUCUGUAACCUUGUGACUGCCACUGCAUUUUAUUUUACUUUUUAACUACCUUCACUUUGGACAUACUGUAUAUAUUCUGUACGAUUUCUCUUCCUUACUUAAGCAGUUUGACUUCACACAAUUGAUUUACUGUAAAAUACAAUAUAAGUAUAUGUGUGUAUAAUUUAGGCUUCACCUUACACAGAGCAUUUUGAAACUGGAGUCUGAUAUUUUGCACUCAUAAAUUGUACAAUGGUAAAAGAAACAUGCAGUGUACAACCCUAUGAAUGUAAAUUGCUGCUUUUCGUCUCAAAGUGAGUAAAACUUCACUUUGCGAGAACCUAUAAUUGUACAUCAGUCAAGAUUAUUCAAUAAAAGAUAUGAGUCUGAA